CAAAAGACCGCUGCCGUCAUCGGUUUCCUCGCUGCUACCGCUCCCGGUGCUCCCUUUUUCUCCCUUUGCCGCCUGGUCCGCCUCCAUUUCUUCCUUUUUUCCCACUGUCUUUCCUCCUAAUUGGCAUGGAAGGGAUUUGUCUAAAGAAAGACUAAACAGACAGAGAGAGAUCUACAAUCUUCUAUUCUUCUUUUCUUUUCUUCUUUUUUUAAUUUUUCACCUGCAAUUGAUACCACUCGACAUCUAUCUAUAUUGUGGCUGGCUGCUGUGGCCGUUUUUUUCUGGCACCUCCUCCGCCUCCUUCUUCUCCCCUGAGCGUUCUCCUGCAGCCCGCGCGGCUUUUCGCGUCAAUCGAAAACACCACCACCACCACCACCGCCGCCCUUUUUACUCCUCCCCCCAAUUUGGACCAGUCCACUACUCAGCUUCUCCAUCAUCAUCACCAACUACCGUUAUCACUACAGCGAAUUUCAUACCGCCCGAGAAAGCCGUCUCUUCCGUCGUCGUCGUUGGCUCUUGCUUCGCUCGCCAGCCUCCCCUCCUCCGACAAAGGACGACUACCACCUAGAACAGCGCUCGACAAAGCAGGAACAGGUCGGAAAGCAGAGACAUGCCCCGCCGAAUCGCCAAUCCCUUUGCCACGCUUCCGUCCAUGUCGCCGUCCUCUGACAAGAAGACUGGCAGCCUCCGACGUUCGUCCUCAUCCACCACCUCCUCCAAGACCAACCGACUCUCGCAGCUCUUCUCCAGCAGCCCUAAGGCUGAGAAGCAUACCACUGCCCAGCAGGCGCUCCUAGCCAUGCAGCAGUCUUCUCCCUCGCCCAGCAGUGGCUCCCAGCAGCUGCCGUCUGCUACCCAACAACAGCAGCAACAGCAAACACCGUCCUCCCCGUCGCCGGCUCAGGCCAAGGCUGUCAACGGCAUCGCGCCCUCUUCAGCCCCCUUGCCCACCAUCUCCCUCUCCACCGCCCAGGCCGGCGACCAGAAUGCUAGAGAUACCGCCACCACGACGCUCUUCAAGCCCCAGUCCGACCAGGAGAUGGAGGUGAGAAGACGCGCCGAUGCCCAGUUUGGUCCUCUGGUCCACUCGAGCCAUCUCUACACCAGCAAGUCUCACGGCGAGCCCCUCGCUGCUCCCAUCGAGGACGAGCCCCCUUAUUACUUCUUCUUGACCACCUACAUUAGCUACCUGCUUCUGAUCCUCCUCGGCCACAUUCGCGACUUUUUCGGCAAGCGCUUCGGUAACAAGAAAUACUACAGCACGCUCAAGGUGCAAAACGGCUAUGCCCCUCUGACCGACGAUUUCGACAACUUUUAUACCCGCCGUCUCAAGACCCGUCUGGAUGACUGCUUUGCUCGUCCUACCGUGGGCGUCCCUGGCCGCUACAUCACCCUCAUUGAUCGCAAGUCGGAUGAUUUCAACCUCAGCUACAAGUACACUGGCACCUUUACCGAGACGCUCAACAUGAGUUCCUACAACUACCUUGGCUUUGCCCAGUCGGAAGGCCCCUGUGCCGAUGCCGUCGAGGAGUGUGUCAAGAGCUAUGGUGUGAGCUUUUGCAGCCCUCGCAACGAUGCCGGCACUUCCGAUCUUGCUGUCGAGGUCGAGAGAGAAAUUGCUGCCUUUGUUGGCAAGCCCGAGGCCAUGGUCUUCUCCAUGGGCUACGUCACCAACGCCAGUACCUUUCCUGCUCUCGUUACCAAGGGCUCGCUUAUUAUUUCCGACGAACUGAACCACGCCUCCAUCCGUAUCGGUGCCCGUCUGUCUGGCGCCGUUAUCCAGUCCUUCAAGCACAAUGACAUGUACGAUCUCGAACGCGUCCUCCGUGAGGCCAUUUCUCAAGGCCAGCCCCGCACUCACCGCCCCUGGAAGAAGAUUAUGGUUGUUGUUGAGGGUCUCUACUCCAUGGAGGGCACCAUGUGCGAUUUGCCCGGCAUUCUUGCGCUCAAGGACAAGUACAAGUUUUACCUGUUUGUUGAUGAGGCUCACUCUGUUGGUGCUCUUGGUCCCAAGGGCCGUGGUGUCUGCGACUACUUUGGUAUUGAUCCCGCUCGCGUCGACAUUUUGAUGGGUACCCUGACCAAGUCCUUUGGUGCCAACGGUGGUUAUAUUGCGGCGGACAAGCCCAUUAUUGACAAGCUCCGUGCCACCAACGCCUCUGCCCAUCUUGGCGAGUCUCCGGCGCCUUGCGUUCUCAUGCAGAUUCUGUCGUCGCUCAAGCUCAUCACUGGUGAGGUCUGCCCUGGCCAGGGUGAGGAGCGUCUCCGCCGUAUUGCCUUUAACUCUCGUUACCUCCGCCUGGGACUUAAGCGUCUUGGCUGCAUCGUUUAUGGUCAUGACGACUCGCCCAUUAUCCCCAUUAUGCUCUACAACCCCGGCAAGAUGCCUGCUUUCAGCCACGAAAUGUUGAAGCGUAAGAUUUCCGUCGUGGUUGUCGGUUACCCCGCCACGCCUCUUAUUAGCUCCCGUGCUCGCUUCUGCGUGUCGGCUGCGCACAACAAGGACGACAUGGACCGCCUAAUCCAAGCUUGCGACGAAGUUUCGGACCUUUUGCAGCUCAAGUUCUCGACGGGUGUUGCUGGUGGUCUGAAACCAUUGCCCUCCAACGUGGACCCCAAGAAGGAGGCCGAAUGGCGCGCUGCCAACAACAUUCCCAUUGAGCCUCCUCGAUGGAGCGUCGCUGAGAUUGUCUCGACUGGUGUCGAGGAUGCCAAGAAGCCUCUGCGAUAAAGCAGAGCGGGCAGUUUGGCAGCAUGCCAAAGAAACACAAAAAAACACAUAAUCCGGGCGGCAGCAUACACCAUUGGCGUUUGAUUCUUGUUUCCAUGUCUAAUGUUUAUUUUAAUUCCUUGUUGAAAGUAUACACUUUUUGGCAGGCGCGGGCGUAUCUCAUACAAAGACGCACACGCAAGCUCACGCAUUUUAACACUGCGGUAUAUCUGACGGCUUUUUAUUCUCUUUUUACUUUUUCUUCCUUCUAUUGUUACCUGUUUAUUAAUAGUAGCAAGAAACACCACUUUGUUUUAGUUUAGACGACGGAUGAUGGGAUUGGAAAUGGAAUGGUUGAAUGUUGACAUGUUUAUAGAAGUAUUACAGCAAUACAUUCAUCAUUUACUGAAAU